AUGCCGGCCGAGGAAAAGCUGCUGAAACAGAUGACGCCCAACAAAAUUGAUGAUCUCUUAAACCUGGGUCGUUAUUCCUUACUGGUAUGUAUCGCUUGCGAAUUGAUCGUCCUCAUGCAAGCUGGAAACUUGUUGUUUAUGGUUUUUGGGGGUGCCCCUCCCCAGCUAACUGGUUGCAGAAACGUGAGCAUCGCCACGGGUCUGACCGGCCAGCAAAAAGAGGCGGCGGUUUGUCGGGCUCGUAAUAGCACGGAUUGUCUUGUGGAAUGGGAUCCGGCUUUUCGUUCCGUCAACGUCGAGUUCAACUACAUAUGCGAAGAUUCCGCCCUAAUAAAAGACAGCACAUCCAUCCAAAUGCCAAUGCUAAUCUCCGUCUGUCUGACCGGCCUGUUCGGGACGUUAGCCGCCUUUGCAAAUUCGUUGACCUUGUUCACUUUCCUACGCUUUUUAACGAUAUUUUUUAAUACUGGCCAUGUGGUGAUUGUGGUGGUGUACAUGUGCGAAACGCUACCCACCCGCCACCGAAUGUGGCUGAAUUUUGUGAUCAAUUGGUCCCCAAAUAUUUUACUGGUUACGGUACUGGCAUGGUGGCUGGGGGAAUGGAGAAGCCUUGAAUUAACGCUAAAUCUGUUGUCGAUACCGAUUGUUAUUUUACUAUUUUUUUCCGAAGAAUCCGUAUACUGGUUAGUCCGGGAAGCGGCUGCGGACUAUCGUUGGCAACGACUCGGUCGUAUGACGGCCCACUACAUCUUUGCCGGAUAUGCCACUUUUGCGGUAUUGGCGAUUAUUGGGUUGCAGUUGAUUGAUGCUGACAAGUCACUUGCUGAGGUGGUUCUUGUAAUUACAGCUAGCUCGAUGGCAUCUCAGAUCUUUUUGACGAAUCAAGUGACUUGCUCGGAAAUUUACCCGACUCCUAUCCGAAAUAUUGCCUAUGCGAUGACACAACUUAGCGGAAGUACUGGAUCCGUCUUUGGGGUCCAGCUAUUCAAAUUGAAAUCGAUAUCGCCGUCUCUUCCCUAUGCCGUUAUGACCUUAAUUAUAAUCCUGGAAACAUCGCUGUUUUUCUUUUUCAUCCCAGAAUCAAAGGGGCAACCUCUUGUCGAAACGAUGCCUUCAAAAGAUCUGAGCAUCGCAAAAACUUGCUCGCGUAUCCGCACUGGCGAGGAUGCAGAAAAAGCCGAAAAAUCGCCU